AUGGGAGAAAUUAAUUCAAUCAAAUACAAACGAGCAGUGGUACCAGAAGAUGCUAUCAACUUGAAUACAUCAACAAUUGACACUGGUGACGCAAGUAAGAGUGUAGCGUGCGCAGCGAUAUAUGCUCGAUUUAAAAGAAAAGAUGGUACCUAUUCGUUUCAACUUGUAUUCAGCAGAUCUAAGCUUGUACCAGAAGAGAUGAACUUACCAAGAGCCGAAUUACUUGCUGCAACAUUAAAUGUACAUACUGGUGAAGUAGUAAAAAGAUCAUUCCAACAACUUCAUAAAAAACAUUACAAAUUCACCGAUAGUCAAAUAACGUUGUAUUGGAUUCACUCCGAUCAAAAGCCUUUUAAGCAGUGGGUGAAAAAUAGAGUCAUCGAGAUCAGGAGAUUUACCCAACCACAGGAUUGGAAGUUUGUGCAGAGCGAAAAUAUGAUUGCAGACAUCGGAACUCGGAAAGGUGCAAAAAUAAAAGAUGUUGACCAAAAUUCAAUUUGGAUAAAUGGAUUGGAUUGGAUGAAAUCAGAUGAAAGUCAAUUUCCGGCUAAAUCAGUAGAAGAAGUGAAAUUGGACAAUAACGAAAAGUCCGAUUUACGCAAAGAAAUGAUUCUAUCCUCUGAUAUAAUUCAAUUCCCACAUUCUGAUUUAGAUAAUGGUGUUGUUGAGAGGAAAACUGAAGUUUUCAAUUCAAAGCUGAUAGCAAAAAGAAAUGUACCAACUGAAGUGCUGGAGAGGUAUAAAUUCUCUGAUUACCUUUUAGAUCCAAACUUCACGAGAUUCAAUACCGUUAUAAGAAUUGUUGCUUAUGUCAUAAGAUUCAUUCGAAAUUUGAAGGAAAAGAUGAGAAGUAAGGUAAUACAAAAUAAAUCGAUUCUUCUUUCUAAUGAAAAAAUUGAAGAAUCGAAGAAUUAUUUCUUCAGAAAGGCUACACUUGAAGUACAAGAGUUCGUAAAGGAAUCAAGGUACAGAAAGAUAGCAAAGGAAAGAGUACAUUAUGUCGGUCGAAUGCUCCCUUCUAAAAACGUGAAUAGUGUUGGAACACUCUCGAAUGUCAUAAAGGAUUUAAGCACUGCUACAUUCUGUGUGCCUAUCAUAGAUAAGCAUUCACCUCUAGCGUAUAGUAUUGUGAAUGAAGUACAUUGGUAUAGCAACGUUGUAAAACAUUCUGGAAUUGAAACUGUGUACCGCUAUGUUUUAAAAUUUAGCUAUAUUUUAGAUGGCAGGGAUUUAAUAAAAUUGUUUCGAAAACAAUGUGAGAGAUGCCGAUUCAUGAAUAAGAAAUCCAUCGACGUUGCCAUGGGCCCAAUCUCAAACGCAAACAUCACAAUUGCGCCUGCAUUUUAUGUUACACAGGUAGAUUUAGCAGGACCAUUUCCGUCUUACUCGACACAUCACAAGAGAAAGACAGUAAAAAUUUGGAUGGCAGUAUUUUGCUGCGCUACAACAUCAGCCGUUAAGAUCAAGUUAAUGGAUGACUAUAGUGCGAAAAGUUUUAUACAAAGCUUCGUAAGGUUUGCAUGUGAAGUAGGAUACCCGAAAUUUCUACUACCGGACGAGGGUAGCCAAAUUGUCAGCAGCUGUUCGUCCAUGAAACUUAACUUUACGGACAUAAAGAAUGCCUUGCACUUAAAGAUGAAUGUUCAAUUCAAGACGUGUCCAGUAGGUGGUCAUAACUUUCACGGGAAAGUUGAGAGGAAAAUCAAAGAAAUUAAAGCUUCCAUCGAGAAAAAUGCUCACAAUGAGAGAUUAUCAAUUUUACAGUGGGAAACCUUAUCGUCAAUCAUCUCAAACACAAUCAAUGAUUUACCACUUGCGCUAGAAAAUUUCGUUUCCGACUUCGAGCAGAUGGAUUUAAUCACACCAAACCGACUGUUACUAGGCCGAAAUAAUGACCGCAGUCCAACCGGAGGAUUUGACUUGGUAUCAAAACCUAAGAAAUUGUUAAGAGAAAAUCAAAAGGUGUUCGAAGUAUGGUUCGAAGGGUGGUUAAUAUCACACGUGCCCAAAUUAAUGCAUCAACCAAAAUGGUUCAAUAGCGAUCAUUGUAUAAAAGUCGGCGACAUCUUAUCAAUACGGAAUGGUGACGUCAGUUACAGUCGAUAA